AUGGGCGUCUUCGAGCAACUUUCGGUGAUGAGUGUCGUUGAAUUGGAGCUGUGGUUUGCCGAACAAAAGGUGAUUACUGCUCAUCUCUACGGCAGCAAUGAAGAACAAAAAGAUGUGAUGCUGAAAUCGUUGGGAGAGGCCGAGCAAAUGAUGCUUCAGCAAUUUGAGACUAAAUUCCGGAUCAAAGAGAAAAACUACAAGGCUGGAGUCUGUACCAAGUUGAUUACCAAUGUCAACGAGGAGCUGAUCAAGAUGAUGGAAGAGAAUUUCGCCCAAUUGCAAGAACUGAUGCAAUUAAAAACAAACGUCGCUAAUUUUGAGAGAAAGCUUGCAAGAUCGUCGGUGAGCGUUGAGCUCGCGAAAGAGGAGAAACAUCGGCUCGAAACGACGUUGGAUCACUUAAAGGAGAAGAAUGCAAACGACGAGCAAGUGGCGAUGAACGAUAUGUUGCAAGCGAAAAGUUUGCUGAAGAAGAUGGAAGAUUCGGUCAACUCCAACGCCAAUUUGCUUAAUCGAAAGAAGCAAGAAGAAGAGCUUCAACGUAAACAAAGGGAACUCGAAUUGUUGCUUACCGAGGAGAAAACCCUCGAGACCCUCAAUAAGCGACUUGGUGACGAAGUGCUCAAUCUCCAGGCUAUGCCAUUUGAGAAGUUCUGUGUGAGGUUCGCCGGCGUGAUGGUUGCUCUAAGCUCUUACAAGAAGAAAAUUGGUGGUUUGCUUCCACGCUACAAAGAAGCUCAAGCUUUGCGCAAACUGAACAAAAGUUUUCCGAGCCAAGAUGGUGAAGAAAGUGUUUGUAUUUCGCAGAACAUUUCUAUGGUGAAGUUUGCUCCAAAGGUUCCAUCGCCACUUGCUCAGGCCAAUAGGGGAAUCUCUGAUUUGGAUAUGCACCCUUCACAGUCACCUAAACGGACUCUGGAUUUGAAUCCAAGUACUGGGAGCGAAAUGCAGCAACAGCAGGAGGAAGCCUCUUUGCUUGAACAUGAGGAGCGUCAUGCUAGUGAGAUUAAUGUUCAAGAGGUUGAUCUAAACAACAGCCAUCGCUCAUUUGUUAACAGCGAUAUUGAAGUUGCAUCAAAUAACGGAGAGCAGGUGACACACCCCAUGGAUGAAGGAGAUGCAACGAUGGACGAGAAUGAAGGCUCAAAGAAGAAAGCUGAAGGUAUUUGCAAGCCAUAUAUGGUCGUUCGUGCAAUGAAUGGUGACGAGCAAGAGAUGCAACGCCAAUCUCAAGCACACGAGACACAAGAUCACGAAGGAUCAAUGGAGGAAAACGAGCCUACGGGAUCACAUCAGAAAAUGUUCUCUUCGCUUGCCACAAGUGAGGGGCAAAGUCAAGCUGUUAGCCAAUUUCCCGCCUCGCAAAAUCACAGUUUUUCAAAUUUCGAAACAGAUAUGGGCGGUGAUGUACAAAUGGAUGAUCUACAAGGAAGCUACAAUUUUGGCCAAGGGAUCGCUGAAGGCAACGAUGAUUUCCUCAAUUUUGAUGUGGCAAACAAUGAGAAUCUCGAGAAUAAUGGAAACUCUUCGUUCAACUUCGACAACGACAUUGUGAACAACGUGCUCAAUCUUUCGGGACAACCAAAUGCCGGUGACAGCUUCUUGAACUUUAUGGUCAACCAAUCUGGCGGUGAUGCAUCUAAUAAUGCUGCUUUUGAUUUUGACUUUGGCAAUAUCGGGAACAACGAUGCAAAUGGCGCCAAUCUGAGCUUCAAUUUGGAUGACAUUAAUGGAGGAAUGGAUCUCACUUCAGCGGCUCCCGAGGAAUUUAAUUUUGAUUUU